CAGCUAGUAGAAUUACAAGCUCCUCAUUUCAUGAAAUAAUCCACUUUAUUAAACAAUACGAACGCGCAAGACAGAAAUGUCACUAUAGCUCGAUGUUGAUUGGCUCCUCGCUUCCCAUAUGUCAGAAAUAGGCGGCGGCACCCAACCCGAGGUCAGAAGUUAGUCUCCCGCUUGGCUUGGCUUGAUGCCCCUCCAAAGCUAGGAACUGACGACAAGCCACUUGUGCUUGGUGAGCUAGUUGAGGGGUAAGUAAAGGUAAGGGAAGGAAGAGUAUAUGAGUAGGUUCGUAUGCUUCAUUGAAAAGACUUCUCUCGUCCAUCCACCAUAUCUCAUCUCCUCUUUCUUCAAUUGCAGCUACACUCAAGUUGACAUCUUUAUCGGAAUUAUCGAGAACUUGUGUUACUCACUAUCUAGCUUGAAGUCACACCUAUCUCAUCUCUUAUCCCGUCACCUCACAAUGUCUAAUCCCCAAAACACUGCAUUCGUGCUGGUCCCCGGCUCCUUUUCACCCACCACCUUCUUUGAAAGAGUCACGCCUCUCCUUGAAAAUCGCGGCUACUCCGUCCACCCCACCGCCCUGCAAUCCGCCGGCGAGCGACCCUCAGACCAAGGUCCAGCCACUUUCCAAGAAGAUGCUGCUUACAUUCACUCUGCCCUCCUCCAGCUCGUCGAGCAAGGCAAGAAUGUCGUCUUGGCUAUGAACUCGUAUGGAGGUUUCCCUGGCACCGAAGCGACGAAGGGUUUGAGUAAGGGGGAGAGGGAGAAAGAGGGCAAGGAUGGUGGUGUGGUGGCAUUGGUGUAUUUGGCCAGUUUUAUUCCUGCAGUGGGAAUGAGUUUGAGGAAGUCGAUGGGAGAUGAUUUGCCUGAUUCGAUCAAGAAUGCUGGCGAGUACAUGGCGUUGGACCAUGAAAACGACUGGAAGAAUAUUUUCUCCGAUAUGCCAGAGGAUGAAGCGAAGCAUUACAUGAGCUUGAUGCCGAACCACUCUACCAUCUCUUUCUCUGGCGAACUCACCCACCCAGGGUACAAAUACAUUCCUGCUAUUUAUCUGCUUACUGAGGGAGAUAAGAUUAUUCCUGUAGAGGCGCAGAGACAGAUGAUCGAGUUUGCGAGAAGUGAGGGCGUGGACGUGAAGGUUGUGGAGACUGAUUCGGGUCAUUGUCCGAUGCUGAGCAUUCCUGAGAAGACAGUGGAUGUUUUGGUUGCGGCUGCUAGUGGGCUGUGA